AUGAACCGUCUACUCCUGAUCUCAGCACCAUCGGGUGCAGUAUCUGUACUCUAUGCAGCGGCAGACAUGAAACUGGAAGCAAUCUCUACUCAAACAAAAUGGCCAGCUUUGACUUUACAAAUCUAUAGACCAACGGUUAUAGAACAUUGCAUAUAUAAACUCACCUUCUCGCUGUCGUUGCUUCAGCAUGCCUUCCGCGCCUGGGGAACUCUAAAGACCUCCCCAAAUACUUCAAGCCCCUCAGUGGGCUUGGCUAUGCUAGUUAUUUGCUUUCUUUUUUUAUUGAAAGACAUGAGUGGGUGUUUUCAGCUGGCUUGA